UUGCCGACCUCAGCCGAGCAUCUCCGAAGGUCGCAGACGAGGCUACGUAUCCUCAGCGUCUCCGCGCGCGCAGCAGGACCCUCAGUGCUGCGGGGUGGGAUACUCGGGAGGAGAGCUCGAGGAGGAGGCGGAGAAGAAGAAGCGCGCGCGGAGCUUUUCCUGCAGGAACCGGACGGACACCUCGCGCGGCGCGGCUCGGCUCGGCUCGCUUUUAUCCGUACACGCGGGCGGACGCACGGCACGAACAUGGAGAACUUCAGACUCGUGGGCUUCGGCGUGCUGCUGUGCUUGGGACAUGCAGCUUUCUCUGUGACAUCAAAUGCUAAAGAAGUGACGGUGUUCCUGGGGGAGCAUUACUACAUCCCGGUGCCGGUGGAGGGGGCUGAUGUGGUGUUCAAGCCCACGUUUGGUCCAGCGGGUCGCGAGGUGCAGUUGAUGAAGGCGGGGAAGGUGGUGAGCGCUCGGGCUAAACUCAACGAUCAUCUGAGUAAUUUAAUCCUGGAGAACGUGGGAGAGUCGGAUGAGGGAGUCUACAUUGUUAAGUCCAGCAAAAGUCCUCAAGAUGUGCAGCGCUUGAAGCUCAUCGUCAGAGACUGCAGAAACGAGAUGAGUGUGAAAGCUGGAGAAAAAUUCCGCGUCUCUCUGGACGGAAUCUCCAGCCCUGUGGGCGUGGGCUUUCGGCCCAGCGCGGUGGAGGCCAAUCAGACGUCUAAGCCGCCGCUGGAUCUGAUGAAAUCCGACGGGAGCUUCCAGACAGGGUAUGAGAACCGCCUCAGCAUUAUUGACGAACACCUCGUCCUCCACACUGUUACUGGAACAGACGAGGGAAGCUACACCAUCACCGACGCCGGCGGGAAAGUGGGCAAGAAAAUCUGUCUUAAUGUGAAAGAGCAUCAAAAGUUUGAGAAUAUUGAGUACGGAGGAACUUUUAAACUCAACCUGUUCCUGAACAGCUCCCUCGUCCGGCUGACCUACUCCCCCAACUCCAGCAUAUCGGACCGGUCCUGGGUCCUGCUGGACCGGGGGGAGCUGACCCUGCCCCCCGAGCUGGAGAUGGAGGGGCGCUUCUCUGUGGUGGAUUCUCUCUGUGUUCUGGAGCAGUUGAAGACCAGCGACUCGGGGCUGUACAAGGUCACCGACCUGCAGGGAUUCACCGUCGCCAACGUUCAUCUGCAUGUGCUCGCGUACCAGCUGCCGAAUGUCCUGGUGGCGGUUAUUUCUCUGGUGGCGUUGACGGUGGUGCUGCUGCUCGUGUGUUUGGUGUCGUGUUUGGUAAAGGUGCGCAGAAGGGCAGCAAAAGCCAGAGCCAUCGAGAAGAUCGCCCAGAACGCUGGAAAAGAGGAAGGAGGCGCUUUCAGACAGGUGGUCCAAGACGCCUACAAUCGCCAACAUGAGGAAGCUCCAGCUCUUUCCCAAAAAGAAGAUAUCACUGAGAAAUCCCAGAGCACUGAGGUCAGCAUUAAGGGUUUGGAAGUGUCUGCUAAGGACACCAGCAUCCACGAUAAGAACCUGGAAACCAGCGACUCUGGAGUGGGUUUCAACACAGCUGGCAUCCCAUUGGACAGCGACACCGAGGCCCCCACAGCACCAGCUGCAGAAAGCGAUGCCCUCAGCACCUCUGCUGCCACUGAUGCCAAACCUGCUGCCAAACAAACCCCAGAGACCAAACCAGCGUCUGAGAAGAAGGCGGCUCCAGCACCUCCAGUGUCAAAACCAGAACCGGCCCCCGAACCCAAAGCUGUAACUCCGAAAAUGACCAUCUCACCUCCGCCUGAAUCAAAACCAAGCCUGAGUCCAUCUCCAGAACCCAAACCUGCCGCGACACCUGACCUGAAACCAGCCGUCAGCCCAACUCCUGAAGCCAAACCAGCCACGAGCCCGGGCCCAGAACCUCCUAAAGCCGUGACGCCAACUCCAGACCCAAAACCAGCCGUCACUCCAACCAAACCCGCAGUUUCUCCCACUCCAGAUCUCACCCCAACCAAACCAGCUGCCCUGAGCCCAACACCAGAACCCAAAGCAGCCACCAUCGCUUCUUCACCUGAUCCCAAACCUGCUCUAUCUCCAUCUCCAGAUCCUAAACCCGCUGUGUCGCCCACCCCACCUGCGUCCGACCCAAAGCCAACAACCAACGGCACUCUGGAGUCCAAGCCGGAUUUGGACGCUCCUGAGCCGGUUUCAACCAAAGUAGCCUCAGACACGGUAAAAUCUCCUGAGGUCAUCUCCUCUGGAGCUCCUCCUGAUCCCUCCCCCAGCGACGGAGCUCCAGCCCCCGCCCAGGAGGCGGCAUCCACCACCUGAGGUCACCAUCACUGCCAUGGUUCCUGCUCCCUCCAAAUGUCCUUAACACCGCUGACAAUCUUGGACAUCUACUCUAAACAAUGAACGAAAGAAAUUCAUUGACUUUAUUACGAAGGAGGGCCUUUCAAGUGUUUUCAAGUCUUUCAAGUCUCCUCACAAGUCUUAACUUGAUAUAAUGUAACUAACAACAAUGUAACAAACAGUGACGAUCCUUCACUGACAAACUCACCACCUGAUUUCUUACUAUUACUAUUAUAUAACCACUUUGUAAUACUACUACUACUACUUCUACUACUACUACUACCAUAACUAAAGCUAAUUAAACACUGGUAACAAAUAAUAAUAAUAAUAAUAUUAAUAAUAAUAAUACAAAUACAUCAGUUGCUUAUUUGACCCAGAAUAAAAAAAAGUCUGCGUCAGAUAUGCAAGAUAGAUAAAAUACACUUAAAUAAAUAAAUAAAUAUGCCGCCACUGCAUGCGAAUACUAAGAGAAUGAACUUACUGCAUUAGUCGUUUCCUUACUCAGAGAUUGCAGUAGUGAACAGACACUGGAAUGAUAUAUAUAUAUUAAAAAUAUAAUAUAUAAAUCUAUAUAAAUACACACGCAUUCACACAUAUACACGGACACAAUGAUCCAAAUAUAAAUCAAUAAGAAAAUCAAAAAGACGUUAAACGAUUUAUACACCCACCUUCCCAAAUCCUACUACUGAGAUAAUUCACAUUUAUUCAUAUUUAUAUUACACCUUCCUAUAUUAUACUAUACUACAAAAAAAUAAAUAGCCCCGAGCUACCACGAAACCAAUGUGGAUUCUGAACAUCUACUUAAGCACAAUUACAAUUACAAUUACAAAUACAAAUACUCAACCUCCAAAUACCGCAACCUUUUUUUCUGUGGAUUAUUCUGUGACUUUUCGCUUUUGGGAACACUCUGGAACGUUUUCCUUUUCUGGGAGGAAUUCUGCUGAACCGCUUCCAAUCCAUCGUACACCAAGAAAGAGACUGUAAAAACGGAUAAAUACAAUUCAAUUCCUGCAAUUAAAUACAAACAACCACUCCUCCCCAAGCACAUAAAAACAGAGCCUUACAACAUCAACAACUGGACCUGUUUGGGUUAACAUUCAUAUAUAUAUAUAUAUAUAUAUAUAUAUAUAUAUAUAUAUAUAUAUAUAUAUAUAUAUAUAUAUAUAUAUAUUUAUAUAUAUAUCCAUUAUUAAAUUUCAGCCGACAUUGGAAAGACAUUCCUGGUGUUCCCAGACUCCAGCCGUUUCCUAUAUUUUGUCCUUUCAGUAAUAUGGGCCAUUUCAGUUUGUAGACCUAUCUAGCAUGACUCUGUUACAGUAACCAGUUUCUAGGUGCCUGUUCUUAUUCCAAACUGAUCAUGUUCAUGCUUGCUGACUCACUGAACUGUGUGGCAUGUUCUACGAGGAACUCCAGGCGCUUUUGGAUCCAGACAGGGUAAGUGGGUUAAUGCGGGAAUGGUUUUUACUUUUUCGUACUUAUUUUAAAAGGAGUUAAUCCUGUUUUAGAACUCUGAUACUCUUAAGUAUUCACUUAAGAUGUUAUUAGGCUGGCUUUUCAUGGUGUAAACGCUAUCUGCAUAGCUUCAGUUGCUUAAAGGGGGCAUAACGGCCAAAAAAAAUAGCAUUAUGACCUUGUUAUGCAGUGUUUAGUAGUUUUUAGCCAUAUUGGUUUUAUCUGUAAAUUUACAUAUAUAUAUUUUUUACAUUACAGUACCCAGCAUACCCAUUCAUACUAUAUAUGAACCAAUAGAAAUAAAUCUCUCUUAGCGCUUUCUAGCGAUGUCUAGUUUGCUAAUCGCUUUUUAUAUUUUAAACUGGUUUGCUUUAGCUUUUAACGUGGAAACGCAGAAUUUUGCAGGGUUGUAGAAACUGUGUUGAAUAUAUAGCUUGUGCUUUUUGGAGCAAUACAUGGUACGGUUGUCGUAAAACAAUUGAUUUUAGUCAUUUUUAGGGCCACUAUUGAGCUAGCAACACCACAGCAACCACCCAAAUAUACUGAAUUACGUUCAAAGUAUGUUCCGCAACCAGGAAUGUUCGUUCGCAGUGGAAACUGAAUGAUAUUAGCUUCUUAAGUGCAAAUCGUGAUCGCUUCUGUUCACUACACCCUCUGUUAACGAUGAAUGAUGUGAUAUUUUGAUGAUUCCACUAAAACUGGUGGAAAUGUGGGCUGAUUCGCUAAAAAGCACCACAAUUCUUAUAAGCCCAAACAAAACUGGUUCUAGAACUAGAGCUCUUUUGGAGGAAAAGUGCACUAUAAAUACAGUUGGAGUGCUAAAUCAGUCCUCACAGCUAGCCUAAAUAAAUACAACCAGCUAGCAUUAGCAUUCCUCUUACCUGAGGUGCUUUUUCCCUUUUCAAAAAAGCAGUUUUACAGGAAUGAAUACAAUUAAUACAAUUUAGCAAACUGAGUUACUUUAUCUAGAGAGCUACGUAGCAACUGUGCUAAUUUUAGAACUGGCACUUAGCUUUAAGCUUGGUAAUCCUUCAGUCUUUUUUGUUUUACUAUUAGAUAACUAGCAACCAGCUAACAAACAAUUUCAACACACAUUGCUACCUUACAUGAUUUACCUUACAAUAAUUAAAGUAGCAUUAGAUCAUGUAAACGUGAAAUAAUGUGAUUUACCUGAAUUAACAUUGGAUAACAUUGGAUAAAAGUUAGCUUAGCUAUCUAGCUUGCUAACCAACACCUAAAAUCCCUAUUAAAGCAAAGGUGUUUUGUUUUUUAAAAUAAAUAUUAGUAGACAUGUUUGCACCAGAUAAAGGGAUGCAUUGCAGUUUUAAUAUUGUCUUUUGAAUGGAAUUGUCUUUUAAAACCUUUAAAAAAUUGCUUGAUUCUUAACCUCAAUAGUUUACAUCUUAAUUUUUGUGAAAUUAUUUUAACAAUUUUAACAGCCAAGUAAAGCUAUAAUAUUUUAUGAUGUUUUGAAACCAAGCUAAAAAUACUAUAAGAUAUAAUUGCAACCAACAGCAGUUGGUUAGCAAUUAAGUUUACUAGCACGUUUCAGUUUUUUGUUUUGCUUUUUUCUACAGUAAUACCAGCAGUUAUUUAAGGAAAUGCUUAAGUUACUUAAGGAUGCUCCUACAUUAAAAUUUACAACAAGAGGAGCAGCGGCCAUUUUUUUUGGCCGGAAUGUCCCUUUGAAACGUAGUAAAAUGUAUAUUUCACCAAAUUAAAUUAGAAGAAUCUGAAACCAAUCUACCAGCAAAAUUUGGAUAUUUUUUUUUCAACAGGGUUUUUGGAACUUAGCUGCUAAUGCUAACUGUAUUAACUUGUAUUGUCACAAUUCAUUGUUCAUUGUUAGCCUAUUAUUUUUAUCCUUAUUAUUUGUCUUCACAUCCAUUGAUUUGCACAGUUUGGAUGUCCCAUGUAAAGCCAGCCUAACAAGUCAUCAACAGUUAAAAAUCAGUUUACAGAAAUUUCGGUUGCCUCUUUGUAAAAUCUGAACACCACUGCCCUUUUGCUACUGCACCAGCAGUCAGUGAUGGAAAUCUGCUCUCUAGAAAUCUGUUUGCGUAUGGCUUUUCUUCCCUUUGGAGGGUGCAUGGUAGCUAGUUUGAGAUUUAUGAUAUUAUGUUUUAAAAAUUGGGAUGUACCUAUGGGAGGUUCAGAUGUUCGCUAGUGCAGAAGAUAAAACCUCUACCUCGCGUCGUACGUCAACCCUAACCAACUACAAAUGGUACGUUCACUGUAGUGCACUGAUGACAACAAGGACUUUGUAGGCUUUUUCCUGUGUCCAAUCACACAAGUGGAUCUUCUGACGAGUGAAGCUUUACAGAACCUUACAACAAACCACCAAUCUUAGGCAUCCCAGACCACUGUCCUCCCUCACCAUUAAUCAGAAUGGCCUUGUUCUUUCUAAGCCUUUUACACCUGUUUUAAUAUCAGUAUUAAAAAAAAGACAUUUAAAAGCCAUAAGGUAUAAUAUAUAAAGUAUGAUAAUGCACAGUACGCGAUGUAAAUAGCAUGCGAUUAUGGGGUUGUUACCCACUCUAGACGACGUCCCUUGAAAAGGGCCUGUAAUAGGAUUCUUCAUACAUAGAUAUUAACUGUAGUUGCAGAGGAAAUGUCCAGUAUUAGCUCAUAAUAAAGCUUUUAGUCACUAAUGCUUUCAGAAUCUCUCUUUCUGACUCAACUCAAAUAUGGCAAGGGUGCAAAUCCUUAAUGUUUCAAGACUUAAGCAAUACUGAGUGCGCUCAAACAUACGCACAUACGAUUAACAGGAAGUGCCCCCCCCCCUCAGUCUAAGUGAAUCAGAUUUGCCCUAAGAUGACUCAUGACUUGACUCAGACUCAGAUUUAAAGUAGGACCACUAACCUCGAUAAUAUAAAAAGACUUGAGACUCAACUUGCAACAUAAAGACUUAAUGUUUGACUACUUGACACUAUAGACUCACCCUAGAAACCUAAAGUUUGCCUCAGACUUGUUUCCAGACACAAUCAAGACUCAACAGAACCACGAAUCAGAGACUCAACUCAAACUUACUCAGAAGAUUUGAGGCUAGACUCAAGGCUGAGAGAAUCAAGACCUAACUAGCACUCUAUAAGUCCGACUCAAGGUUCAAACCAUCGCCUGAGAUUUAAGGCUCAGCUUGCACUCUAGACACUUGAGGUACAUGUUUGUACCUGAGAUUUAAAACUUGGCUUGCAACCUAGAGACUUGAGGUUUUACUCUCUUAAUCUUGAAUCUCAUGGAUUCAAGACUCAAUUUGGACCAGCAAUGCAGAGACUUGAGCCCUUACAUAGACAUCAAUGAAGGCCAAAAUUGAAACCCAAGACUUAAAAACUUUCACUCAGAUUCAAGUCAGCCAAUCCCAGUGACAGAUACUUUAUUUAUCCCAAAGGAAAUUUAGGAAUCAAGACUCAACAGACCCACAAAUCAGAGACUCAACUCAACCCUACUCAAUAGAUUUGAGGCUAGACUCAAGGCAUGACUCAGAAUCAUAUCUGAGACUCAAGACUCAACUCUUCCACUCUACAAAUUUGAGCCCAUCACUCACACCUGAGAGACUCAAGUUCCAAACUUGCACCUGAGAUUUAGGACUCAGCUUGGACUCUAGAGACUGGAAGUAUGUUUUUGUACCUGCGACUUAAAACUUGACUUGAGAUCUGAUGUUUUACUCAGACUCGCAUCUAAAUGAUUCAAGACCCAAUUUGGACUUGCAAUGCAGAGACUUGAGACCCUACAUUGACAUCAAAUAAAGACCUAAGUUGAGCCCUAAGACUUAGAAACCAGAGAUUUAAGCUUUAACCUGCAUCUGAGGAACACAAGGCUUGACUUGAACCCACAGACCAGAGACUUGACUUACACUCAAAAGACCUAAGAUUUGACUUGGACGUGCAUCACAGUGACUCAAGGCAUGACUCAAGACUCAGCUUCCAACAUAGAACUUUGAGGUUUGACUCAGAUGUAAAGGAUUCAAGACUCGAUUUGGACUUGUAUUCUAGAGACUUAAGACCCUACUUAGACUCCAACCUUAGGUUUAAGGCUCAUCUUGACUGAUUUAAUUAUCAGCUUAAAAUCUCCCACAGAUCAGAGACUUGACUAAGACUCACACUCAAAAGACUUGAGACUCACCUCAGACUUACAGCAAAAGACUCAAGUCUUGACUUGGACUUUUUAUCACACCUGCGACUCAAGACUUGCAAGUCUGGAUUUUUAUCUGAGAGGUUCGAAACUCGACUUGUGGCUGUAAAUUACGCUAGGCACUUAGAGAGACUUGCCACUGACUUAAACCAUAGAUACUGUGGCUCAACUUGACUCGUAAUCCAGAUACUUCGAUUCUCAAACUUUCAAAUUUUAGUUACUCGCACCCCAAUGACUCAAGAGACUCAAUGCUUUCAAUUGCACAACUUCUCUGGCUUAGUCUUUGACUCACUCUAUGUAUUAUCAUUUAUUAAGGUGGGGGUUCCCACAAUGAAGUUUUCACACCAAAAAUAUUCCUGGAAAAUAACAGAAAGGAAAUACUGUACACUAUUAAAAGCUCCAGUUUUAUUCACUGUUUAUUCACAGUGCUGCAAACCAGCACUGAUCCAGAUUUAGUCAUGUUAGGUGCAACGAUGUGUGGCAUUGCAUCGUGUAUAAUUCAUGAAGCAGUGAAGGAACAGUUAUACAAGGAGGUGAAGAAGUUAACAAUACAUCCUCCUAUUCAUGUAGUAGCAUGCCAUUUGUGUCAUACAGUGAAAACCUUUGGGACCCCCCCUCCUUAUGAGAUUGUUGUAGAUUGCAGUUUUUUAUGCAAACAAAAUAUUUUGCUAGCAAUAAAGUCUCCAAAUGAUGAAGAUAUAUAUAGCAAAACUGAAGUGUAUAUCCCAAAAUAUAUAUAUCAAAAUAGUCUUUAUAUAGUAAAGAAUUAUAGAGCACUAUUACACUGGAUUGUUUCAGCUUUUUCAGUAGAGUCAAGUGAACUACUGGGCUUUUUGACCUGAUGGAGAUUGAGUGGAGUGUCAAUGUAAGAGUACGAUAGAUGUAGUGAACAUUGUGAAUGAUUAAUUCAAUUGUUCAUGGAAAAAUACAACCACAAACACAUUUACAAAUGAGCCAAUUUGGCCUACAGCAGUUCAACCUGCCCAUUAAAUGUAGUUGUGCUCCUUGAUGAUGGAAAUGCAUCAGUAAUGAGUUGCUGGAAGUUUUUUAAGGAUUGAAAAUCAGUCUGAACUCAGAUUAUCAUUACCAGAAAUUGCAUUUAACAUAUUGAUCAUGAUGAUCCCUGGUCUAAAGGUGUACACUAUUGUCAAAAAUCUUUAGAAAGCCAAGUAUAAGUAGGACUCUUAUUGUGAUGGUCGUCCACUGACCCAUCUAAGGACCCAUUGAUUGGUGCAACCUCAUUUGUCAUAUACAAGAAAGAGCCUAUUGGGCCACCAUCUUUUGGAGUGGGUAGGAUGGUCCUUCCUCUCCCCGAUCCAUCACACAAAGACAUUCUAACCAACACAGGUGUAUGUUAGUUCUUGAGGGUUCUCCUCAAAGUGUGUUGAACCACCCAAUGACGUUGUGUUAUGGUGCUUUUCCACUUUCCAUUCUACCUACGCUACUUGACUCAGCUUCACUCAGCUUUUACUCAUUGCUCUACCUAUUGCUACCUGCUCUACAACCGAGGGGUCGGCCAUAGGUGGCAGCGUAAAACAUCUAUAAAUAAAUAACACGCUUCUCUGGUGAGCUUUUGUUUACAUUCCUCCCCUGUCGCGCUCAGCGUCACUUUAGUUUAAGCCCAUUCUCGAUUUUUUUGCCCGUUCUCAGGCUCCCUAUCUCCUUGAAAGUGCGUUUUUCCCGACCGUGUCCCAAUUCACUAGCCCCAGGGCAGCAAUAGAGUAUUGGACUGUAAUCCUGAAGACACUGGUUUGAUCUCGCCUGAGGAGCGGUGUGUUUAUUUCUUAAUUUUUUUGUCCUUUCUUCUUGGGUUUACCUGCUUUGAGAUCAACUGUUCUGCAAUUGAGUUCAAUAACCCUCUGGGCUGGAGAGCUAAUAGUCUGUAGCAGCACUCCAUCCCAUUACAUAUUCAUUCAUUUUCCAUCACGUAAUGGCUUGGAAAAUAUUAAAAAAUAAUAAUAAACAUAAAAAUAAACUUAAUUGCCGACCCCUGAUGUGUAGAGUGACUAUUGCUGAGAAAGCAGUUCUCAGAGUCUAGUAGUUCAGGUUUUAUAACUUGGAAAAACACCAUUCUUUGACAAUGUUGAGUUGCUAGCCUUCACCUACCCAGCUUGGUAUGACCAAGCCACCAGAUAUGAAUUCUUGAAUUUUGUUGACCUGCAGUGACUCAAUCUGUGAACACACUGUUACACACAUACCUGUAAUAAAAUGGCAAUAAAUUCAAUGCUAGUUCUUAUAACAUUCAGAGAAAUAUCGGACAUUUAAACUGUAUUUAAACUGAGUUAUAGCAUGAACUCAGUGCUGCACACUGCUGGUACAUGCAUCCCUUUUUGUAAAAACCAGUGCUGAUUGUUUAAUUGUUCAGUGUGCACCCACCAGAACACAAUGAUUCACGUACCUGUUUGUACCGUGUGUAUUAGAUGUCGGGACACUGAUGUCUUAUGAUGUGUAUUCACUGUUGGCUCCAUCUGCAUUGGACUGUGUUUGUGAGGUUUGCGCGUGUGUAUGUUUACGUGUGAGUUUUGUGUUUACAGUAAGAAGACACUGGAUAAAUGAUGUAUGUUGAACACCA